AACACCCAAGAUGGCGACGUCGCCUGGUUCGGUUCUUUCUUCCUCUGUUUCUUCUGCUUUUUCCAGCCCCAAACCUGAGACAACAUGCCCCAUGUUCGACGGAGACGUGUACAAAUGUGAUGUUAUUGUUGGAAUCAGAAAGACCGUGGCCAGCUUGUCUCUUAUUGGCUGCCUGUUCAUGAUAGGUGUGAUCUGGCUCUUCAGGAAGUACAGGUCCUUUGUACAGAGACUGAUCCUGUACUUGAGUAUAGCAGCCCUGCUGGAUGAUAUUUCAUAUCUCAUGGGUGACCUCCACCCAGAUGGAACCCUGUGUAACUUCCAGGCCUUCCUCCUCACGUUCUUUGAGUGGUCAGUGUUACUCUGGGUGUGCUGUAUCACCUUCAACUUGACCCUGAACAUCAUCUGGAUGACUCGAACCGACAAGUAUGAGAUAUUCUACCAUGCGCUGUCGUGGGGGGUUCCCCUGAUCCUAGCCUGCCUCCCCUUCAUCGGGCAUCACUAUGGACCGGCCGGGGCUUGGUGUUGGAUACCAAACCAGUACACACACUGGAGGUUUGGCAUAUGGUACGGCCCGUUGUUCUGCCUUCUGGGAUUGAUGGUUGUGGUCUACACCUGUAUUACUGUUACUCUCAACAGGAAGGUGAAAAGAUGGGAGGGAACCUAUGAUCCUGAUGUGGAGAGGAACAAGGACCUGUUGAAGGAAGACAUCAAACCCCUGAGAGCCUAUCCCUUCAUCUACCUGGCCCUGUCUAUCUUUCCUCUCGUGCACAGAAUCCAGAAUGCCGUCUCCCCUGACAACACAGUGUUUGCUCUGGUUGUUCUUCAUGCCCUGACAUCCCCGCUGCAAGGGAUGGUGAAUGCGAUUGUUUACGGACUGGACAGGGAAACUAUUGUACGCCUCACUCCAACGUCCAUCAAGCUUGCGAUCCAAAGUCACUUCAACCAGCCGACCCUCAUCAGUGAGUACCCAUCAGCCCCUGUGAAUUCCCAGGAUGCAUCAGCUGACCUUUCACCUGUGGUUGACCCUGAGGUUGACCUCCAGGACCAGGAGGAGAGCUGACAGUUACUCACAGCCACCGAGUAAAGAACUACCAUCAAAAACAAAUAAAAAAUCUGGACUUUUUUUACAUUAUAUCUCUCAAAAAUUAAACUAGACUUUGGACUGGAUCCUAAGAGUAAAGACAUUAAGAAGACAUUGUUGGGAAGUUUCAAAAAUAAAAUUCUUGACUGAAAUUGUGUUCCAAAUCCUGGAGGUUGAAUCUCAAGUAAAGAGGUUGAAUCUCCUUGUUCAAAUCAGGUGAUUUUUGCAAUUGGCAAACACAAGAUAGGUGCAAGUUGACAAAUAAAGUAAACAAGUAAAAAAAUUAUGAGAUUUGCAAAUACAAACCAAUUGAACUUUUUAAAGGAGAUGUCAAAAUAAAUAUUCCGUAUUUUGGUAAAAUUGUAGUUGUUGAUUCCGUGAUGGUUUGAUGAUGGUAGUCCUUUAAUUGGUGACUGUGAAGAAUUGUGAGCUGCAAAAUUGCAAACACAAUGCAAAUAUCAAAAUUACAGCAAGUAGAAAAUGUAUAAUAAUAUAUCUUUUAAUGAUAAUGCAGUGGUGAUUUUCAGUAUUGUAAAUACUAAAGUACCAGAGGGUGGAAGAAUUUGUUAAUGGUGUGUUUUUGUACAUUAGUUCGUGUUUUGGCGUUUGAUUAUUCUUUUACAUCCAUACAUGCUGUAAUUUAGGCCAAAUUACUUUCUUUAUUUUCUGAGGGUUUGAGGUAAAAAUUAGAGUCUUAUAAAAACAGAAGGCGAAGAAAAUUUGAACGUGAAUCUUUAUUGACCCCCAAACUGGGUCCAGCUUGGAGAUUUCAGUCAUACUGAAACAUCUAAAACUAAAAAAAAAACUUGAAAUGAAAGUUGUAUUCCUUUAUGUCUUAUAUUGUAAUUGUGUAAAAUGCAUCCAUUUCUUCAUGUAUAUCUUGAUAAUUGACAAAUCUGUAUUCAUGUCUGUUUACAUAUAUUAUAUAUACUGUCAUAUAUUCAUAUAUUAUACUCAACUUAUCUUUACAA